AUGAAAUUUCUUUAAUCAGAUAAAAAUAUUUAAUUUAAUUAAGAAAACUAUAACCCAGGACCUGGUUUUUAUUUAGGAAAUGACAUAAAAUAUUCUCAAAUAUUAAAAUAUGCAAAUAACUAUUAUGGAGGUUCAGAAUAAGCUUAAACCUUUACUUAAGACAUAAGAUUUAAAAAAUAUUCCUAUGAAUAACAUAAAAAUCCUGGUCCUGGAAAAUACACACUCUCUACAUGUUUUGAUUAUAACAAAAAGUUUUAAAAAGAGUAAAAUAUUGAUGAUUCCGGAAAAACUAUAGUGUUUUGA